GUAGGGAAAGAUGAUAACGUUAAGCAAGUGCCAAUGAACUAUAGUAGGAAUGAAUGAAUCUGAUAGAUGACUAAAAUGUACAUGUGAAAUUUAAAUGAGACGUUAUCACCACCUCCCAGAUACCCUUUCCAAUCUUUUCUCCUUCCCCCUUUUCACCUGUCAUUAGCCCCCCCUCUCACUCGUCAACCCCAGCUCACAAAGUUCAAGCAGGCCUAGCAUAAGCUAACAAAGAUUUACAAAUUCAGUUAAAAUAGGCUACACAGAAUACAUUAAACAGCAGUAGCAUAAAUAUUUUUAAUUUGUUAGAUUACAUAGCUGCUGCGUUGUUUUUUAAAUUAAAAUGUUCAACAAUUCCAUGGCCAUAUUAUGUUUAGGCUACAUUUGGUCUGAGAUUACAUUUAACCUAAUUGAUGGUGGACAAAAAUGAUCUAACCUCUGAAAUGUGUACUGGGUGUGAACAGGGCCACCUUCAGUUGCAAAACGUUCUCGUUCUUGCAGAUAGAAAUUAACGUCAUUCAUUAUUGUAAAUAUCGAAGAGGCAUGUUUGUUCGACAUAGCAUAUGUCUAUUUGGAUGUUCCAAAACGUUGUGUCCUGCUGAACGCGCCCCUGUUCUUGACUUUUAGCACUUUUGCGCGUAUCUUGUUUUGACGAGAAACCGCAAAGGAGUUAGAUGCUGCCUCCUCGACCUAUUUUAAAACACGUACAUUUACUGAGACGCAGUGAUGGACCAGAAUAAAGUCUAUGGUUGGUAGUGGGAUCUUCCUUUCUUCAUCACAUGAGGGACGGGGUAGCCUGCCUUUACUGCCCUCUUCACAGAUACCUGCCUCCUCCUUGGUCAUAGGAAAUCUGCCUCUCCUGAUUUGAGGAAAAUGUUUCACCCUGGGAGAGAGAACCAUCAGACUGGACCAAGGGAUGUCUCUGACUCCAAUGUGGUAAAACUCAGCAAUAAGCUCAAAGCCAUCCUGAAGAAAAAGUACCAAAGUCCGCCAGGGGGGGAAACUGAGCAUCCAUUUUAUAUUCAUUGUGAUCUCCACUAUCCACCUGGUGAAAGUGGAGAGGUGAACCAACAUGAGUACAUUCAAAUUAAGCCAACUUUCAGGGAGAGACACCAAUGGACAUGCUCACCCUUAGGCUUAUACUUUGAUUCUGAACUAGACGACGAGCGAGUCAGAAUAGCGCUGACAAAGGGUGUCUCUGGUAUUGGCAAAACUAGCCAGGUGCGGAUGAUUAUUCUUAACUGGGCAGAGGGAAAAGGAAACCAGCAAUGUACUCUCAUAUUUCCCCUUCCUUUCCGGGAGCUGAAUUUGCUGAAGGAGAGACUGAGUCUUAUUGAACUUCUUUACAAGUUUUUCCCAGAAUUGAAAGAACCUGGAAUUUACAACUUGGAGAACUUCAGAGUUGGGUUCAUUCUUGACGGGCUGGAUGAAUUCCGACGUCCUCUCGACUUCAAGAACAGCCCGAUAGUGACGGAUGUCACAGAGCCCUCCUCCGUGCCAGCACUGCUGACAAACCUCAUUAACGGUAACCUUCUUCCCUCCGCCGCUCACAUAUGGAUUACCUCUAGACCUGAAGCAGUCCAUCGCAUCCCUCUUCAGUACAUCAACGAAGUGACAGAAAUCGAAGGCUUCACAGACUCUCAGAAAGAGGAGUUCUUCAGGAGAGCAACCAUUCACACGGACCAGGCCAAUGCAAUUAUCCACCACUUGAAGUACUCAAAAAGCCUCUAUGUUUUGUGCCAGAUACCUAUUAUCUGUUCGAUUUCUGCAUCAGUCCUCAUUAGACAGACAUGGCUAUCCGAUAAAGAAUAUGACCCCGGAGCUCUGACUCCAAUGUACACUGACCUACUCGCCCUGUUGCAAACACAGAAUCAGAAUACACAGAAGAUGGCUAUUAAAUUGGGGGAACUAGCCUUUAAGCAGUUGGUGAAAGGCAACACGGUUUUCUACAGGGAAGACCUACAAGAGUGCGAAAUUAACUGUGAUGAGGGGUCAGAGUUUGCAAAAGUAAGCAUACCCAUCUUCAGGGAGGAUAUUGGGCUGCACCAAAAGAAGAUCUACUACUUUGGGCAUACCACCAUUCAGGAGUUCUUUGCUGCAAUGUGGUUUAAUCGAUCCUGCAACAGCCCAGAUGAAAACCUGAGGAAUGCAGUGGACAUGGCCUUGCAGAGCAAAAACGGAAAGCUGGACCUCUUCCUCCGGUUCCUCCUCAGCUUCUCGCUGAGCUUCAUCCAGUCAAUCGCAGAGGCCGGCUACAACUCGUCGGAGACACUGACGGAAACGGUAGAGUAUAUCAAGAAGAAGGUCAUGGAGAAUCCCGCUUCACCGAGGACCCUCAACCUGCUGAACUGCCUGACGGAACUGGGUGACAGCUCUUUAGAAACUGAUGGUGUGAGCUUUCUCAAUACGGGAAUCCCCCCAGAUGCCAAAUACCCACGUGCACAUUGGUCUGACCUGGCCGCUGUGUUAUUGGCAUCGGAGUCUGGGCCAAUAGACAUGCUUGGGUUGGAAGUAAAGAAGAGAGGAGACGAGGCUUUGAGGAUGCUGCCAGUGAUCAAAGCUUCCCAGACAGCCACGCUGUCAUAUCACAAACUAACAGAGAAAUCCUGUGAAUGUCUGGCCUCGGCGCUCACCUCAAAGGUGUCCAAUCUGAAAACUCUGAACCUGAGUUUCAACACGCUGAUGGACUCGGGAGUGCAGCUGUUGGCGGCCGGCUUGGCCAAGCCACACUGCCGACUGGAGAGACUGAAACUGUCCGGCUGCAGGGUGAAACAGAAUGGCUUUGCAGCUCUGGCCAAAGCUCUCAAAUCCAACCCCUCGCACCUGCAAGAGCUGGAUCUGAGCGGAAACGAACCGGGAGAAUCGGGGGUGUUUCAUCUCGUUGACGGACUGAAGGUUGUCAAUUGCAAACUGCAGAUCCUGAAGCUCUCAAACUGCAAGCUGGGCCUGGAGCUGAGUCACGCUCUGGCGGUGUUGCUGAUAGACAACCCCAGACACCUGCGAGUGCUGGACGUCAGCAUGAACAACCUGGGAGACCAGGGGGUGAAGAUGCUCAUGGACAUACUGAAGUCAACCCAGAUAUACAAAUUGGAGUUGUACUGUUGUCAGCUCACUGAGAAAUGCUGUGAGAACAUGUUUAGGUGUCUGGCCAACAUCCCCAGUCUGAGGGAGCUCAACCUGAGCAACAAUAACCUGAAGGACGAGGGGGUCAAGAUGCUCUGCAAAGCCUUCAGGCUGCCCGCCUGUCAACUGGAGAAACUCAUUUUGGCAAGCUGUGGCAUCACCCUAGUCAGAGGGUUUCAUUUCAACUCUAUCCUCAAAGAGCUGGACAUCAGCAGGAACCAUCUGGGCGACUUGGAUGACUGGGCCGAUGUCUUGUUCUGCUUGUCUUCACUUGAGACCCUCAGGGUGAGUGACUGUAAACUAACAGAGAAAUGCUGUGGGGAGCUGGUUGAAGCUCUCAGCUCCAACCUCACCGACCUGAAAGAGCUGGAUCUCUCUGGAAACGACCUGGGAGACCGCGGUGUGAAGACUCUCUACAUGGGACUGACGUCCAGGUGUUGUACACUGGAGAGACUGUUUCUGAGAUGCUGUGGGAUCACAGUAAAGGGCUGCUCCUCCCUAGCCGCAGCCCUGAAGUCCAGCCACUCCAGCAUCACAGAACUGGGCCUGAUGGGAAACGACACGGGAGAAGAAGGACUGAGAAUUCUCUCUGACAUCAGGGACAAUCAACGCUACAAACUACAGACUCUAGAAAUCAACGAUUGAGAGAGGUCUUGACUCGCUUGAUGGGGUUCUUCUUGGCGUCUCGAUCCUCAAGUUCUGUACUCGCUCCGGUCAAAAGUGCUUCACUGUAAAGGGAACAGGAUGCUAUCUCGGGCACAGACUGGGAUUUGCAUUCAGACGACUGAAUUGAUCGCUGUGCAGACUGGGAUUUGCAUUCAGACAACUGAAUUGAUCGCUGUGCAGACUGGGAUUUGCAUUCAGACAACUGAAUUGAUCGCUGUGCAGACUGGGAUUUGCAUUCAGACGACUGAAUUGAUCGCUGUACAGGCUGGGAUUUGCAUUCAGACGACUGAAUUGAUCGCUGUGCAGACUGGGAUUUGCAUUCAGACGACUGAAUUGAUCGCUGUGCAGACUGGGAUUUGCAUUCAGACGACUGAAUUGAUCGCUGUGCAGACUGGGAUUUGCAUUCAGAAGACUGAAUUGAUCGUUGUACAGACUUAAAGCAGUGCCUAAACUUGAAAAAGUGAUUUAUAUAGAAUUUUAAAGAAUAGGAUGCCCUUUACGAUGUAACCACAUUGUCUGUACCAAACUAAAGGAUGUUACUCAGUACCUUUAACCUCAAUCAUGCUCAGUAACCUCGAAGUCCAUGCAGUACUUUUUGCACAUCAAUGUCAAGUCAAGACGUUACAGUAUACGAUGUAGCCUUUACUGAAGAGAAGGGUGAUGCUAUGUUUUACAUAAUGACCUUAUUCCGUUUUCUUGUUUAACCAAGGAUGUGUCAUCAUUGGGUGACUAUGGUGGGACUGAAUAAAUGAAUAAGCCAUUUGAAGACGUUUUCACUUUUACCAACCCCCCCCAGACUACUCGCAUAGUCUUCAACGAUACAGGUUCAAUAGAACCCUUAGAUUGGUGUGAUAUGAACAUGCUAAUGAACAGAAUGCUACUCCAGACAGCAUAGAUACAAUUGGACGAAACAUGGUAGAGCUGAAGUACAAAACUCCAUAUUGAAAGGUUUAACUUAAUAAAAUGAGGAUCUCUAUGGUUAAAUCUAUGGGCUCCUGAGUGGCGGUCUAAGGCACCCUGUUUCGAUUCCAGGCUGUAUCACAACCGGCUGUUAUUGGCCCAGCGUCAUCCGGGUUUGGCUGGCUUAGGCAGUUAUUGUAAAUAAGAAUUUGUUCUUAACUGACUUUCCUAGUUAAAUAAAAAAUAAAAAAAUCUAAAUCAUCUUUCCUACCUUUGUAUUUAGUGAAUAGGGUUGACCAACUUUAACUCCAGAUAAGUAAAAACAUAUAUGUUUUUUUGCAUUAGUGAUUUAUGCAUUUACCACCACAUCACUGAAUAUCAGCCUUGCAUUUUUUUUUUUUACCUUUAUUUAACUAGGCAAGUCAGUUAAGAACAAAUUCUUAUUUUCAAUGACGGCCUAGGAACAGUGGGUUAACUGCCUGUUCGGGGGCAGAACGACAGAUUUGUCCCUUGUCAGCUCGGGGGUUUGAACUUUUUUGGGGCGUUUUUUUUUUUACUCAUUAAAACGUUCUAAAAUUAAUGAAAACGUGAAUUAAUAAAAAUGUUUGUUUUAUAUAUUGUA